AUGGAUGAAUCAGUGGAUCCUGUGGAGCUUCUUCUACGAUUGCUGAUACGGCACAAGCCUCAUCUCAAACCAUAUGCCUACAGACAAGAUAGUUGGCAAAGGGUGCUCGAUGAGUACAACAGGCAGACUGGGUCAAGAUAUAGACAAUCAAGAACGUUAAAAACCAAGUUCCGUCGACUGAAGGACCUCUUCAGCGCAGAUCGAGCCCAAUUUUCUCCUUCUCAGCUCAAGUUGAUGGGUGCGCUCCUGGACGAAGCACCAGAGCAUCCAAAACAGAGAACUAAGUUCGGUAAUGAAUCAUCCUCAUCUUCUUCUUCUUCUUCUUCUUCCUUUAUUAAAAGUCAUCCGGGUCCUGAUCCGUUUCAACAGUUAUCCAUUGAACGUCCGAAUAACCACAGCUCCGACGAUGAGCAUUCAGGCUCACAACCGCUGCCCCUGGAUUCAAUCACGAUUGGAAUUCCGCCUACUCUUCACACUAUUCCCAUGAUUCUGUCUAAAGAUAGCGACGCUGGGAAAGCUAUCAAGAGUCCUAAAAUAAACAAGGGUACAAACAGGUUCAGUGAGACGGCUCUCCCUCCACAAAUGGCCAGUGAGCAAUCGUGGUCAGACUCUAAUAUGGAGUUAGAAAUAUGUCUAGAUUAUCUCCACAACGAGCUUGAAAUGAUUAAGAAAAGGCAGGAAGAUUUUGAGUGCAAAGUUCUAAACAAGCUCAAUAUAAUUGAGGCCCUUCUUUCACAGAUGCAGCCACCUAACCAAGGGGAUGAAUUAUAA